AUGUGUCAAGUCGCCAAUGACCUAAGGAAAGUCGUGUCUAAUAAGCAUGAGAAGUUUUUUGAACGUCAUUUACAAUUGCUCCCUUCUUCGCAUCAAGGACAUGACGUGAACAGGAUGGCUAUCAUAUUUUAUUCCAUGGUGGGGCUCUCAGUAUUUGACGUUGACGUGCCUGCUAAGUAUAAAGAUCACCUUGGCUGGAUGCACAAACAUUAUAUCAAGAAAACUCUCGAUGAUGUAGACAAUACUGAAAUAUCAGGAUUUGUCGGAAGUUUGGUUAUGGACGUUCCCAAUGCAAUAACUAUUAAUUUAGCCAAUACACUUUUUGCGUUGUUAUCAUCGAUCAUGUUGAAAGACUAUGAGUUUUUUGAGACAAUACUAGACAAGGAGAGUCUUUUGAGGUUUGUCUCCAGGUGCCAAUUGCCCAACCGAGGGUCAUUUGUAUCUUGUUUAGACUACAAAACAAACUUUGCUUCUCCUGUUGAUUCAGACGAUUUGAGAUUUUGCUAUAUCGCGGUUGCCAUUUUGUACAUAUGUGGAUGUCGAUCCAAAGAGGACUUUGACAGAUACAUCGAUACGGAGAAAUUACUUGAAUACGUAAUGGAACAACGAUGUCGUAGCGGGGCUUUUGGUACCCACAAUGAACCGCAUGCAGGGUAUACGUCUUGUGCACUUUCUACUCUAGCAUUAUUAUCUAGUCUUGAAAUGCUAUCAGAUGAGUUUAAAGAGGACACUAUAACGUGGCUAGUGCAUAGGCAGGUUUCAAACCAUGGGUGCAUGAAGCUUGAAGACAACUUGAAUGCUACAUAUGACCAAUCGGAUGACGGUGGUUUCCAAGGAAGAGAAAACAAAUUUGCCGAUACAUGCUACGCAUUCUGGUGCUUGAAUUCUUUGCAGUUACUCACAGACAAUUGGCAAAAACUUUGCCAAAUCGAACUAACAGAAAAUUAUCUACUUAAUCGGACGCAGAAAACUUUAACUGGGGGUUUCAGCAAAAAUGACGAAGAAGACGCUGAUUUAUAUCAUAGCUGCUUGGGGAGUGCUGCAUUGUCAUUGAUUGAGGGUAAAUUUAACGGGGAACUAUGCAUACCUCAAAAGAUAUUCAAUGAUUUUUGCAAGAGGUGCCAUUUCUAG